UCAGGGAAGGCGAGCUGGGAAUGAAAAGAGAAACUCCCAGUUACAAGUGUAGCUUGCAGAACCUUGUGAGAUUUGAAUCUGAACUUAUUUGUAAGGACAUUCCAUGAAAGAUUAACAUAGUUACAUUACAGAAGUAUAAUUUUCUGAAAGGUGUAAAUCUACCUUUGUGACAUUGUAAUGGGAGAGUUUGUAUUGUAACCCAAUACAGCUUCUUUAGCACUAUAAAAAUACAUGGACACUCUUGAGGGAUGGGACUAGGAGUAGAAUUAAGACUCUUGUGUCCCACUUGGUUUGUUAGGACAGUUUUAUGCAGCUGUAAUUUAACAAAGAAAUUUGCCUCAAAGCAUGUGCGGUGUUCAGAGUUGCAUAUUCAGUAAGUGAUAGGGAAAGCUCCAGAACUCCUUGUGCCUGCUCUGGCUAUAGAUCACUGCGUUCCCUUGUUUCAUGGCUGGCUUGUAAAUUAAAAACUGGAUAAUGUUCUGAACAAGAGAUAGAAAAGGGAAACGGAAGAGGAGCGAUGCAGGUCUGCAUUGCCAAUAAACGUGAUGGAAGAAAAUAAGGAGGGUAUCACGUAUAAGAGAAAAUUUUAAGUGCAAAAAUAUUUGUAACAUUUGUUAAUAAGUAAAAUAAACAUGAGUGCUGGAGAAGGAAGCAGUGCCAGUCACUGGAGCUUUUCUCCCCAGUGUUGUGGUGUAAAGUUACACUUCCAGUUACACUUUGGUCCCGUUGUUAAAUGAUUCAGUAAUUGUCCUUGUCCACUUACUGAUUUUUAAAUGUCGUGCAGAACAAGAAAUAGUGAGGAAUCCUUUGAUCUUUCCUCAUAACCAAGGUCUCCCAGCUCUGGUGAAGGAAUCUACUCUAGUGAGAAUAAUGAGCCGUGUGAGUGGGAGCGGCAGCAACGCUCUGUGCAGCGACGUGCGGAGCCACAGCUCCAGCCAGCAGCGGCUGAGCAGCCCCAGCGGAGUAUGAGGAAUGCUGGCGGUGUAGGGUGCAGAUGGAGCAUCGCUGGCAACUUCCGUGUUUGCAGCACAACUCCCCAAAUAGUAACAUUUAGCAGCAGAAACGCCGGAGGAAUGCAUGUGGAAGUGACAGGCUCUGUGGCAUUGAUUGUGUCUGUUGCUGCUUGUGACUUUUGAAAAUGGAAGUUUUGCCUUGAAGAUAUUUUUAUUUUCUACUGAUUGCAGAGAUUUUGUAAUGACAAAAAGCCCAGCGUGAUCCUUUGAGUAGCCCAAGCUGAUUCCAUCCAAGAGAGGAGGACUUGAGCCAUUGUCUUAUGCUGGUACUGCAAUGCUGGGUUCUAGCUCAACUACUGUGAAGAAUCUACCUCUGAAGAGGAGGCUCUGUUUUCUGCUGAAACUUGUGUGCUUUGUCAGCUCAGUGUUAAUAUUUUGUGAAUUUUUAAUUUACUAUGUGGUAAUAUUUCAAUGCCGAUGGCCAGAUGUAAAAGGUGCAGCUCACAGGAGUGAAAAAGAGACUUCAGCUUCAGUCCUAAAGGCCAUAAUUUUAGCUGAUACACACCUACUUGGUGAAAUCAGAGGACAUUGGCUGGACAAGCUAAGAAGGGAAUGGCAAAUGGAGAGAUCUUUCCAAACUGCCUUAUGGUUACUGCAGCCAGAUAUUGUUUUUAUUCUGGGAGAUGUUUUUGAUGAAGGAAAAUGGAGCUCACCUCAGGCCUGGGCAGAUGAUGUCAGGAGGUUUCGGAAAAUGUUCAGGCAUUCAGUUUAUACGGAGCUGGUGGUCAUCGCUGGCAAUCAUGACAUCGGAUUUCAUUACGAAAUGACUACUUACAAGGUAAAUCGAUUUGAAAAGGUUUUCAACUUUACUUCAGGAAAGCUGAUAACUCGAAAGGGAAUAAACUUUGUCCUAGUGAACAGUGUAGCCAUGGAGGGUGAUGGCUGUGCUGUCUGCCGCACCUCAGAGGCAAAACUUGUGGCUCUUUCUCACAAACUGAAUUGCUCCCAGCAGAAACCAAAUAAUUCCAACAAAAGAUGCAGUGAUGUGGAAAAGCUUCCAGCUUCAGAACCCAUCCUUUUACAGCAUUACCCUCUCUAUCGGAAAAGUGAUGCCGAAUGCACUGGAGAAGAUUCUGCUACUCCAGAGGAGAAAAACGUCCCCUUUAAAGAAAAGUAUGAUGUACUGUCUCAAGAGGCAUCACAAAAGCUUCUAUGGUGGUUUCAGCCCCGUUUGGUUCUCAGUGGGCACACUCACAGUGCUUGUGAAGUGCUGCAUGCAGGGAAAAUUCCAGAAAUCAGCGUCCCAUCAUUCAGUUGGAGGAAUAGAAACAAUCCUAGUUUCAUCAUGGGCAGCAUAACACCAACUGACUUCUCCCUCCAAAAAUGCUUCCUUCCAUUUGAGAGCAGAGUCUUCACUAUCUACUGUGCAGCAGGUGCUCUGCUUGUGAUCCUGGUACUAGCUCAUGUUCAGCUUCUCACUCCACCGUUUUAUUUUGCUCAGCGUUUAAUCAGUAAGCAUAAAGCAGUAUGAAGAGCCAGACAUCUGCAUUCAGUCACUGAAAUACCAAAGCUGAGAACAGUCAAACAUCAGACUAUAUUCAUGCCAGCAAAUGACCUAAUUUGAUUGCUAGUCUGAAGGCAGGUUGCAUUUACACAUACCAUAGAAGUCCUAUACAGCUGAUAUGACUACUACAGGAUAAAUAAUUAACUGAAAUGAACGUUUCAUGCUGUACAAAAAUACUGUAUUCGACAAUCAAAUGAGUCCUUUUCCUGCUAUAAUUUUUGUAUCAAAUAUGUAUAUUAAAAGUGUAACUGUACAUUAUGUAAAUCCUAUAGCCUCAUCACUAGUCUGCACUUGUGUCUUACCCUGGUGGAGGCUGAAUCUUGCAAACUGGAAA